UUUUUUUUUAAUUUAGUGGAUUCCUGAAACUUCGAUACGAGAACAUUGGCAAUGUUUUUACUGCAACUUGCAAUUUGCAAUAGUAUACGGUCUAUUUGUUGUGAAUGAAGGAUAUUAAAUCCAACUGAUGACCAUUAAACCAACAAGAAGUUCCUAUUUAACUUGUCGCGUUUAAUAAAAUUUUCUGGAACAAUUGGGCUGAAAAUGUAUUGACACGACGAACAUAUGGUACAUUUAUUUUUCCGUCAUACAUAUACAAUGUUUGGACUGCGCAAAUAAAAGAAGUCCAAAUGAAGUAUACCCAUAAAUACAUCUAUACAUCUGCGAUCGAUUGGAUGCGCAAAGCAAGGUGGCUUAUGAGAACAACAACAGCUGUAUCUAACGUUAACUAAAGUGAGGCAAAAAACGACUAGCAUAAAACAAUUUUACUUAAAAUACAUUUAGUAAUGCUAGCAACGAAUUCUGAUUAAAAAUAAGGAAAGGCGGAAAGGAUGCAACAGCGGAUAGUAGAUGUCAUGAGAGUUUUUGUACUCAGCAAAUUGCAAAUUAAACUAUUUUGUAUUUGUAUAUAUUAAAAUAUAAGUUAGCGCUAUGCACUAUUGAAUGGACUAUAUACAUAUACAAUAAACGCACUAUACGAAUUGAUUUAACUCUUCAACCAUACACUAACAAAGUCAACGGCAGUGAAGAAAGUCUGUGAAUUGCAUGUCAAAACGAAUAAAACUUUUUAUUGUGUAAUGAUUAACGGUGACAAACACACAGAUCUUGUUCCACUAGUCCUACCAACGCGCAGCCGUAGAAUCACAACGAAAAUGUUCAAAUUGCGUGAACGAAACUGUAUACUAGCGGUUGCCGUGCUGGUGCUAACUCCCUGUCUUAUCAUCUUAUUUAUCAUGGGUCCAGAACUAUCCACCGAGCAGUCAUUGUCACAACAAUUGGCCGAAUGUCGUUUCCGUCUACAGUACCUAGAAUCGAUGUAUCGAUCGCGGCAGGAAGAUGUGGCUAUACUUUCACAGUAUUUACAUCUUAGUAAUGCUACAAAAAUGACUUUGGCGUCUGUAGCGCCAUUUCCGCCAGUAAAUGAUAUGAACACGAGCACAUCGGCAAUGCCUGCAUCGGGUUUGCCAACUCUACUGAAAUCGUUAAGCCCGGAAGCGAGGCAAUUAAUUAAAAACGCAACACACUCACACACAACGCAGCGCUUCAGUUCAUCUGCUGUAAUACGACUGCCGACGUCCUACAACUUUCUUCCACAUUUACUCGAUGAUGCGGCAUCACUGCGUCCGGCUUAUAUACGUUCGAAGGGUCGAACAGAUGUUAGCAUUGUGUUAGGCAUACCGACGGUAAGACGUGAAAAGCAGUCAUAUUUGGUGAGCACAUUGCAGAACCUCAUUGAAAACAUGAAUGAAGAGGAGCAAAAUGAGACGUUGAUUAUUGUGUUCAUUGGCGAAUCAGAGGAGGAAACUGUACAUGCAAUCGCCAAACAAGUCGAGUUGAACUUCGAGGCGUAUGUUGAUUGUGGCCUCAUUGAUAUUAUAGCACCAUCGCCGUCGUAUUAUCCUAAUUUCGACACGUUGCGUAUAACACUGCAGGACUCUUUGGAGCGUGUGAAAUGGCGUAGUAAGCAAAAUUUGGACUUUGCGUAUUUGAUGUCUUAUGCACAAUCCAAAGGCACAUUUUAUGUCCAAUUGGAAGACGAUAUAUUGGCCAAAUCACAUUUUAUUACCGCUAUGAAGAAGUUUGCUAUAACCAAGAGUGCGCUAACAAAACCCGACCAGCCUUCGUGGUUUUUGCUCGACUUUUGUCAGUUGGGUUUCAUUGGUAAAAUGUUUAAAUCGGCCGAAUUGCCAUAUCUAAUUACAUAUUUCCAAAUGUUCUAUAAUGAUAAACCAGUCGAUUGGUUGCUACACUAUUUUAUCGAGUCGAAAGUAUGUCGCUCUGACAAAGAUCAAAAGCACUGCAAUUCGGAACGAGCCAAAUAUUGGCUGCACUAUCGACCAUCGCUAUUCCAACACAUUGGUACUAGUUCCUCUCUCAAGGGCAAGGUACAAAAACUGAAGGAUAAACAAUUUGGUUCCAAAGUACCAGCAUUCCAUCCUCACAUGCAUAAUCCACCAGCAAGAGUUCGAUCGAAUAUUGUCGCCUACAAGAACUAUUUGCUAAAGCGUGCAUAUCGCGGUGAAACAUACUUUUGGGGCUUACUUCCUCAACCUGGUGAUCUGGUGCGCUUCAUAUUUGAAAAGCCAACACUACUACGACGUUAUCUCUUUCGUAGCGGUAAUAGUGAACAUCCAUCGGAUCGAUUCUACAACACUACCAUUGAAGUGUUACCUGCCAAUACUUUAAGCGAAAAUUCGUCCGUAUGGAGUGCGUACAAUUCUACAACGGAUGAGUUUCUCAUAGUGGGUGCAUUCGAUGCUUUCGGUGUCGCAGAGGGCGCAAUCGAUGUAAGAAUUGGCGCCAUCAAAGAGAUACGUUUGCAUGUACAUGGUGACAGCGAGAAUUGGGCACUUUUGAGUGAAAUCGAUUUGGAAACGAAUAAUGGUGCGCGCAGCGGGUCCGAUAAAUCUUCUACGAACAGCUGAUUGUUACAAUAUCCGAGCUAUACCAUCGCGGGAAACAUAAAAACGAAUCCAAGCUAAAAGGCGACAUUGGAACAUACUUUUCAUAGAUAGGCUUACAUCAACGAACUUCCACCAAGCGAAAUGGUAUGUAGAAGAACUGACUAACGAAAUGAAAUGAAUUAAAAAAUAUAUUGCUUGUUUCACUGAUGGUGGACCCAAACUGAAAUCAGAAGUAGUUUAUGCAAAGCGACAUGCAUAAAUGGGAUAAUGAAAAUAAGGUUUUGACCAAAUAAAAUUGAACAUAAAGUAUGUGCAUUAAUUAAAGCGUAAAAUUAUAAAGCAACUAUUGUAAAACACAUAGUUUAUAUAACUAUGAUAUCCUCUCUUUAAUUGUGCGUAACGUGUGACCUUAAUUUCACUGUUGUUUAUAAUUAAUUUGAUAUUAGUUGAUAAGCCGGAACGAUUUCGUGAUAUUUAUGAACCUUCUACAAAUUAGUUUUUUAAUAUAUUUUAUCUCGAAUAUAUAUAUUUUUUUUAAACUAACCAAAAUGUAUUUAAAAAUUUCCGUUUUAAAUUAACAACCCCUUAAAAUCAAUGGAGUAGUAAUUUUUAAUUAAAUGGAUAUGUACAAUUAUCAUUUUCAUAUACAUAUAUUUGUACAUAUACAUACAUAUGUAUAUAUGGAAAGUUUUCAAAAAGAUUACGUCUCUAUAUGCAUGAGUGCAUGCAUUUUGCCGAUUUUGUAAUCUUAAAGCUUAUAGCCAUAAAAUAAGGAAAAUGUGGAUCUGUGCCUAUGGGGUAGUUCCAAAAAUGCAUCAGGAUACGUUUAUUUGUAUUUAUUUAUUUGAAGGUAUCCUGAAUUUCCAUUACAUUGCAUUUGCAGGAAUCGAAAUCUGUUCAAGACCUAAAUUUCAAUGUUAAGAAGCUUUUUGAUUUCGAAAGUGAUUGUUUCCAUGCUAAAAGUUCUAAAAUUUGUUUUUGUUUUGCUUUCAAACCGGAGUACAGAACAAGUCUGUAGUGGAAAGAAACUUAUUUCUGUAGAAUUAUCGGAAUUCCCUAAGUUUAAUUUAUAAACAUACAUAGGUACAUAUAUGUACAUACGAAAGAUGCGAAAAUAUUUUAGACUCUUAAGAUUUUCAUUUGACGUUAAAAAAGAUGAAAUAACAUAUGUACAUAUGUAAGGCACUAAUACACAAUAAAUAAUAUAUUCGUAUUGUAGAGUAUCAAAUACUUCAAUUCAUGACAGAAUAAAUAUUAGAUGGAAUUAAAGCAAAGAAUUAAAGCUUCGUGGAAAUCAUUAUACAUAAGGGGCCAUAUUUUGCAAGUCCGUGUUUAAAUUCUACCAUAUCUAGCAUGUAGUCUAAAUAGCAUUGCAAAUGUUAAUAAAACAAUGGCGAAUAAGUGUUA